UUAAUUACACAGACACUUGAUAAGCUACAAAUGUCAAGCAUGAAAUCGAGUAUUAUUUGUGCGUGUUUCCUUGUGUUCUUCACUGCCACCUCGGUGGUGGUGAACGGAAAAUAUCACUCCAACACCCACAUAAUUGAUGCUCCGACCACCAUGAACAAAACGCAUCUCCACUUUUUCUUCCACGACACGCUCUCCGGCGACAACCCAUCCGCUGUUCUUGUAGCGAAGCCAAACGGCACGGUGGUUGAAGAAGGAAACGUACUCCCUUUUGGGGCGGUCUACGUGUUUGAUGACCCGCUCACGGAGGGACCUACCCUAAAUUCGAAGGUUAUUGGUAAUGCUCGUGGGCUCUACACGUCAACGAGUCGUGGCUCAGACUUGACCUUGUUGUUUAGCGGUGAUUUUGAGUUUACGAGCGGUGAGUUUAACGGGAGUUCCAUAAGCGUGUUUUCAAGGGACCCGUUGGUGGUGGAGAAAGAGGUGGCGGUGGUCGGUGGCAGAGGGAAGUUCAGGAUGGCUAAAGGAUUUAUUUUGCUUAAUGCCAUUUUCUUUAAUGUUACGAAUGGGGAUGCCAUUCUUGAAUGUGAUGUCACCAUUUUUCAUUGAUGUUUGGAUAUUAAUAAAACAAUUUGGGUCAUUUUGUAAUG